GAGCUCCAUUCUCUCUGCACUCCACAUUUUCACUGGGAUCUCGGGUCUGUCACAAGGUUCCAACAGGUGAAGAAACAGAAGCAAAAUCGGCUCAUACGAAGAUCUACUGACAACUAUAGCAACAGACUGUGUAGCACGAAGCUUUAGUGAUGGUGUGUGUGGCUAGACUGGUGUUACUGUUGGGCUUGUUGCUGUGUCUGAGAGCCCAGCUGUCCUCUUCCCAGCACUGGUCUCAUGGCUGGUAUCCUGGGGGCAAGAGGGAGCUGAACUCAUUCAGCACUUCAGAGAUUUCUGAGGAGAUAAAACUAUGUGAGGCAGGAGAGUGCACUUACCUGAGACCUCAGCAAAGAAACAUCCUGAAGAACAUUCUUGUGGAUGCCCUGGCCAGAGAAUUCCAGAAGAGAAAGUAACAUCAUGGUAACCCUAUACCUGGCUCUAGUUUAGCUUACCGUGAAACGAAUGGUUGAUGACUUUACCAGUGGUUUUGUCCUUUCUGUAAGCCCACUGUUCUGUUUUUUCUUGAUUUGUUAUGGUAGCAUAUUUCGUUAAAUUAAAAUUAAACAAUUGUGUUAACAAUUCCUGCUUCUUAUAUUGACUCUGAAUCACAGAUGUCAUUUCCUGUAAUAAAGCAUCUAUUUUGUUAU